GUUGUUGCCGCUGCUGGAUCACAGGCGAGUAAGAAAAUCAAUUAAGUUAUGAAAAAUACCAUUAAUUGCCUUUCUUUGUCACCGCAGCUCAUGAAGAAAUGGCGGAUCUCCAGACGUAGUAUAUUUGAGGACAAACACUUCGCAUCUAAUGGCGUGUUUUCGGACCAUAAAGACCAUCCCAAUCGACCUGGAUAUUUACGUUUUUUUGGAAUACUGAAGAAUAUCUUCCAAACUGAUGAGAAUGAGCUGAUGGUUGUGGAAGUCUUCAAAAAGACGUUGCAAAAAAGAGAGAGGCCUUCUGGAAGAUGCCAAGAAAAAAACAACAGAAUCCACAGCCAGUCAAGUUGGAUUCUGAAGAUGGUGUAGCCAUUGAAGCUCCAGGAAACCUCAACUUAGACGCAGACUUCCUUUUGGGACAAGACAUUGAGUUUGGUGAUCCUGAUCAUGACAACAAGAUUCUAGGCCUGGACAAGUUUUCAGAAGUAGCUGCUGAGAUCGGUUUCUCUGUGUAUCCUCUGGCUGAAGAGCAGAGCCCUGCCUACAGCCAGCUCAGCAUGGACAGUGAGACGGACAACUCCCACAGCACCACUGACAACAGCAGGGACGACGAGGGCAGAGCCUCCCAGUCGGAGCCCAGCUUCCCCCCCUAUCUGUCCUGCAGGGGCUGCGGACAGCUCCGAGACGAACCUCUGGGACCGGGCAUAGACCUGGUCGGCCCGUACUGCCUGAGGUGCUGCAAAGCCUCAAGGGAAGCCAAAAGCCCAGACUUCUGUUCCCCUUUCGGAAACAUCAGCGGGAUUCGUCCUGGUGCGCAUUUGGAUUUUGAAGAAGAAGAAGACGACGAGAUGGAAAGCGAGAUGAGUGACAAAGAGCUGUCAGCUGAGGACAAAUUGGCCAAACUGCACUCGUGCCACAUCUGUGGCUUCUCCUCGCGUUACGCCAACCAUGUGAAGCGUCACAUGAAGACACACAACGGGGAGAAGCCCUAUAACUGCCCCCUGUGCACGUACGCAUCGGCCCAGCUGGUCAACCUGCAGAGACACCUGCGCAUUCACACUGGGGAGAAACCUUACAAAUGUGACAUGUGCACAUUUGCCUGCAGUUCCCUUGGCAACCUGAAGAGGCAUCAGCGCAUGCAUGUGUGCUCUGCAGGGGCGGGACAGGAUGCCCCUCCUCGACCUGCCAUUGGCCAAAACAGCCUGAAGAGGCAUGUGACUGGGCAAAGACCCAAUGAAGAAGUGUCUGGACCUCCAGCCAAGGUUUCAGAAACUGCGAGGUCGACUUCAAACCUGAGUUUGGGAGCCCAGAACAAUGACUACAUGUCAGCCUUUGAUGGCUUAAAGGGGGCGUCGCCACCACCCAUACCCGCCUCUAACCCAGCUCAUAGCCACCAGCCUCCCCCCCACCAGCCUCCCCCCCAGCUGCCUCCCCCCCAGCUGGGCAACAGCAGCACCAGGGCAACCAGAGGGGGCAUAGCAGACGGCCCCCCCCUCCCCUCUUCACUCUUCCCUUAUACUUGCCGCUUGUGUGGCAUUAUCCUUGAGGACGAGGACGGCACCACUGCACAGAUCUGUCCCAAGUGUACCCUUGAAAUGCUGACUAAAGACUCUUCGUCGUCUCCCAACAGCCCCGGGGAGCGCAGCGACAAGGUGUACACCUGCUCCGCCUGCCCCUUCCUCACACACUACCCAAACCACUUGGCCCGCCACAUGAAAACUCACAGCGGCGAGAAGCCAUACAAGUGCCCACAGUGCGACUAUGCCUCAGCGCACUUCGACAACCUCAAGCGCCACCACAGAGUGCACACAGGCGAGAAACCUUACAAGUGCCAUUUGUGCGAUUACGCCUGCGGGAACCUGGCCAACCUGAAGCGCCAUCAGCGCGUUCACUCGGGGUUGAAGCCCUUCCAGUGCGACGUGUGCAGUUACAGCUGCAACCAGAGCAUGAACCUGAAGCGGCACAUGCUACGACACACAGGAGAGAAGCCGUACAAGUGUCAGGAGUGCGGCUACACCACUGGCCACUGGGACAAUUACAAGAGACAUCAGAAAAAACACGGCCUGGCCACAGACGGCUGGGUCAAAGUCCCAAUGACUGGCAACAAUGAAGAAGAGGAUGCAAGGAAAGGGAUGGGAGGUGGCGCUCCGGCUCACAGAAAAGAAAGCGGAGUUGAUAUGCAGUACAUGUCUAGGGAGGAAGGCCAGACUAUACACUCGUGCUAUAAACUUGAGAUUGUAUAAAACUCAGCAAAGUUAAGCUACCAGCAAUUAUCUUUUUGGUUUUCACAGAGCCUUUAUAUGAGCCUUUCUAUUGUUUUAGUGUGUGUCUUAGUGUUUUGUCGGAUGUCUUCAGAGGCUGCUAAUUGUUUAUUUGUAGAACCCCGCACAAUUAUCAAACACAAUUCUUACUGGUUAAACUCUUUUUUGUUUGGAUUAAGUAGUCGAGUGUUUGUCUUCUAUUCUGCGUUUGUGUCUAACAAUAGGACUUUGUCUCUUGUGGAAGUCUUUUAAAUGUCUUAAUCUGUAUGUUACACUACAAUAGGCUAAUUCUAAAAUGUCCCCUCUCAUAUAUUUACUAGGGCCGGGACUUUAACGCGUUAAUUAAGAUUAAUUAAUUACACAAAAAUUAACGCGUUAAAAAAAUUAACGCAUUUUAAUCGCACUUAUUUUUGCACCGCGGAACGUUUCUCACUGGAUGAGUUUCAGGCGUACCGAUUAUACUGGAGCACCAACUAACGUUCAUGACUACAGACAACAACAAACCACAGUGAACAACAGUGGGAAAUGUUGUUUUAA